GAUAUUUUUUCAUCAUGCAAAAUAUUCUUUUUUCUUUGAUUGUUCCUUUGUGUUGCCUCUAAUAUUUUGCAUAAACUUGGGUUUUAAUUUUCUUUUCUGAACUUUGGUAUGAUUUGGAUUUGAGCAUGUAGUUCAAUGGUAGAAAAUCUGCAUUCCAACAUUGGUAUCUAUGGUAGUCCAGUUCACCUAUGAAAAAUUAUAUAUAUAUAAACUUCAGCAGGGGUUUUAAUUGUACUGAUUUGAAAAGUAAGCCUCCUACUUUGUGAUCCCAGUAGAGAAGGUUGAUGCUUGUUCUCCUGCUUUUGCUUGCUGCAGGCAAAUCAAUUGCAUAAAAUUUAUUUGUUGUGUGGAUCUGCUGAUGAAGACAACUGGCCUGGGGUUUCCAAAUUGCCCAAGUAUGAUGACUACAAGCCACAAAGUCCAAUGGAGAGACGUAUUGAGGAGGUUUUCAAAGAUGUCGACACCCCUACUUUGGAGUUACUGGACAAAAUGCUAACUCUAGAUCCAUCAAAGAGAAUAUCGGCCGAGGAUGCACUUAAAGAGUCUUAUUUUUUUACUGACCCUCUUCCAAGUGAUCCCAAGAGCCUACCCAAAUAUGAAUCCUCAUACAGGGACCAGCCGGCAUAUAGCACCGGAUCAAACAUCCCCUGUGAACAGCCCAAGGACAAAUCCCAUAUUUCAUCUGACAGUGGAUCCUCCCAUGACUCCCAAAAAAGCCCAAGGAAGCGGGUGCGUGAAGAAACAGCAAAGGAUCAGGUUGAGCCACCCACAAAGCGAGCAGGGCAUUGAAUGGUCCACCAAAUG